UACAAUUAGGCGGUGGAGCACCUCUGAUAGAAAGGCAGCGAGUGAUUGCAGUUUUUGGGGGAUUAAUCUAUUUUCAAACAGGAGCUCUCGUUUAAUGGUUAUAACUUGGCAGUAAUCACAUAGAAAGAUGUCAGAUAUUGGGGACUGGUUCAGAAGCAUCCCUUUCAUCACCCGGUCCUGGUUUGCUGCCUCGAUUGCUGUUCCCUUUGUUGUAAUACUGGGAUUGGUAGAUUUCAGGAACCUCAUGCUGUUUCCAGAGCUCUUCUUCAACAGAUUUCAGCUCUGGAGACCAGUGACGGCCGCCUUGUCUUUCCCAGGAGUUCUUGGGUAUCUGUACCUGGUCAACCUGUAUUUCCUCUACCACUACUCCACUCGGCUAGAGACAGGGGCGUUUGAUGGCAAGCCUGCAGACUAUAUCUUCAUGCUCCUCUUCAACUGGAUCUGCAUUGUUAUAAUCGGGCUGCUCAUGAACAUGCGGCUGCUGAUGAUCCAACUGAUCAUGUCAGUGAUAUACGUCUGGGCUCAGUUCCACAAAGACACGGUCGUGUCCUUCUGGUUCGGAACACGAUUCAAGGCACAUUAUUUACCUUGGGCCAUCCUGAUCUUCAACUUUAUUGUCAGAGGCUCGUUUGUAAAUGAACUGACGGGGAACCUGGUGGGUCACCUUUACUUCUUCCUCAUGUUCAAAUACCCCAGGGACCUGGGAGGACGCUCCUUCCUCUCCACACCAGAGUUCUUGUAUCGGUUGUUCCCCAAUAGGAGGGGAGGGGUGUCAGGUUUUGGAGUCCCUCCCAACAGACCAGCUGCCCAGGAGCAGGGAGGAGGAAGUCACAACUGGGGCCAAGGCUUUCCUCUGGGGGAUGAAUAAGCUGAGACAAGAAGAGAGAGAGGUACACCCCUCUCCUCCCUUAUGCUAACACAAGAAACACUGUUGCAGUUGAUGUUUCUUUUUUAAAAUAUAACUUGUUUAUUGAAAGCA